CGGAGGGACGGUGGGGGGGCGGGGGGGUGGACAAGGGCGCACGGCUGGUUAACGGCCGGCCGGUCCAGCUGUACGCUCUCCUAUCUGCUGCUGCUGCUGCCUCGGGGGGAAUUAAAUUAUUUCAAAACAGCCACACAAAAGGAGGUGUACUUUUAAUCAAGGGAGCGCAGACAGAGAGGGUAUGAAGAUGACGACCGAGUUCUGGGAUUCGCUGUAAGGACAGGAAGGAGACGAGAUGGCAGUGCAUGUUUUCAAAUGCCUGCGCCGGCCCGGGCGUUAGAGAGACCAACAGGUGAGUGUGUGAGUGUGUAGGGCUGCCCAGUGUUUUGACAGGAGAGUUAUGGAAUAUGAGGAACCCGACGUGCCCCCAGCUGACACCCCCAUCAAGAGAGGAGGGGUCGUGUCCAAGAAGACUCAUUUGACCCAGAUUGAAGUUAUCCCAUGCAAGAUCUGUGGUGAUAAGUCCUCUGGAGUGCAUUAUGGCGUUAUCACUUGUGAGGGCUGCAAGGGAUUUUUCCGGCGGAGCCAGUUGCCUACUGUAUCCUACUCCUGCUCCAGGCAGAGCAACUGUCAGAUUGACCGGGCCAGCCGCAACCGCUGCCAACACUGCCGUCUGCAGAAGUGCUUGGCACAGGGCAUGAGCAGAGAUGCGGUGAAGUUUGGGCGGAUGUCCAAACGUCAGCGGGACUCUCUGAUCGCUGAAGUGGAGAGGCACCGACAGCAACAGCAGCAACAGCAGCAGCUUCAAGGAGAAGCCCAGUCUGUCUUGUCCUACCCUGCCAAGGCCCGUCAAGACCGCUCCCCACAGCUCCUUCAGCCCAUGGCCUACUCCUUCACCGGGGACACCGAGCUGCUGUCCUACACCGCUGACGUUCACCCUUAUCUGGUGUGCUCCCCGGACGAGUCGCAGGUGUCGGGUAUGAUCUACCGAGGCGCAGGUGUGUCUCCCACAUCGAGAUCCCAGGUGAGGGGGGACAGCAGUGGACACCCUGACAUAAGAGGUUUUGACUCCAGACAGCCAUCUCACGAGCUGAUGGCGAUUCAUCCCUACAGCCCUCUGGAAGAUCCUUACAGCCACUAUCCUCACUCUCUGAGAAACAUAGAUGAGCUGUGUGCCAGCAUUGUGCGCUCCCACAGAGAGACCAGCCAGUACAGAGUGGAGGAGCUGCAGGCUCUCAGAUGGAAACUGUUCAGCAGAGAAGAGAUCCAAGCCUACCAGAGCAAGUCAGUGGAUGAGAUGUGGCAGCACUGUGCCAUCCGACUGACAGAUGCCGUGCAGUACGUGGUGGAGUUCGCUAAGCACAUCCCAGGCUUCCGUAUGCUCAGCCAGAAUGACCAGAUUGCUCUCUUGAAGACUGGGUCCAUGGAGGUGGUUCUGGUCCGGAUGAGUCGGUUCUUCAACACAGAGAACAACACUGUCUUCUUUGACGGGAAAUUUGCUGGAGCCGAAGUCUUCAGGUCUUUGGCAUGUGGUGAUUUAAUCGCAGCAGUGUUUGACUUUGCUCAUGGUAUGUGUGCUCUAAAGCUCACUGAGCACCAGAUCGCUCUCUUCAGCGCUUUGGUUCUGAUCAAUGCAGAUCGUCCAUGUCUGGAGGACAGAAGCAGGGUUCAGCGAGUGCAAAGAAGCAUGGAGUUAGGGCUCAGACACAUUCUGCACCGAGACAACCAAGAAAGUCUAUUGCACAAGCUGUCCCAGAGGAUGGCAGUGUUGCGUUCGCUGUGCAGUCUACACAUGGAGAAGCUGCGCUGGUUCAGUCAGCGUUACCCUCUCACUGUCCACUCUCUGUUCCCUCCACUCUACAAGGAGCUGUUCGCCUCUGAAGCAGAGCUGUUGCCAGGGACAACUCACUGAUGAUUCACUAGAAUAUAACACACACGUUCACGUCAUGUGAACACACACACACACACACACACACACACAAACACACACACACGCAUUAUUUUAAGUCUCAUCAUUUCUUCCUGGCAGAAUCUAUUUUUCUAAUGAUGAAAGAUAAAAAUGAAUAAGUGAGAAAAGCACAGUAAUUGUAUUUGGGAAAGUCCCAGUUUUUUUUGUUUUUUUGUUUGGUAGAUUGUGUAAGACAUAAAUUUCAGUGUUUUUGUAGCUUAAAGCUAUUUUGAUUAUUCCAGAGAAAUAUGUUAAUCUGUCAGUGGGAUUCAUUUUCUCACAGGAUGUGCUAUUUUGACUCCAGUUACACUUACUGUGUGUCACAGUGGGCUCAGACAUAAAGAUUCCAAGAGGCAGGACACCUGGUCAUUGUCAACUGAAACUUAAAAUGUUAGUCCACCCAAAAUCUUCUGCCUGUAUAGUUAAAGGGUAACUUUAAAAACCUGUGAAUGCCAUCAACUGGGAUCAGCUUGAAAGCGCAAACUACAUUUGAGCAGGUUAAGACCCAAGGAAAGAAUCAUGCAGUAACAACAAAUAUGCAAGCAGAGCCAAAAACUCAACAAGCUUAGCGUGCUUCUUUCCUUGAGGAAACAUCAAGAACAACACCAGAUUCAUGAAAUAAUCAACAAUACACAGUCUAUUCAUGUGUUCAGUAUCUGUGAAGUUCACAUUUUCACUUAAAUUGGACUAAGGAUGUACACUGAUUCUUACUGCACGGUCCUGUUGAGCUUUAGUUUAUGCAAAUUAAAUCCUCCUGCUUUUAGUCAGUGUUUCAGCCACAAAAGAGAAUAAUUUGGGGUGCAGCAUUUCUUUAAUGCUUAUGCUUGUGGCUGAGACCCAGGGAGGCAACAGUGCCUGCGAGGAAGCAGACACAAUCUUACCCUUGUGUAAUUAUCUCUAUGCUCCUGAGCAUUUUUCCCAAACUAGCCAGAGGUACUCACCAAGUCGUUCUGGAGCCUGAGCACUAGACUGCACCCAGAACCAAUCACGCAGAUCACGCUGAUUGCCGUCAGCUCGUCAUUAUUGUUCGAUUAUGCUGUUUCGGCAAUGUUAGAUAUUUGAAGGCUAACUGGAAGACAUAAAAGCUGUUUACCAUGCUGGUAAACUAUAUGGUCGUCCCCAGAUCGCUUGUCCUCAUCGCGUCAACCUCAGAAACCAGCUGUUGAGCUGAAUGUGAAACAAGAGACAUCCUACGUCUUUGUAUCUGUAUGUCUGUAGAGAAAUGUUUCUCCUCAGGUUGAUGUUUCACAGAUUAACUAAUACUGAGCUCAGCAUCCAAGCUGUACCUCUAAACUCUUAUCCUUCGUGUUUGAAUAAAUCCUCACAUACUUUUGUAUCUUUUGAGCUUUGAAAAGACGUUGCAUUAAAAGUAGAAAAAAUUUUCAGUAAAUAAACAUGGAGAUACAGUAGACAUAUCCUCAUAUGUGUGCAAACCUUUCCUUUUUUUCUGAUUAACUUGCAUAUGUUUUUGUUUUCUUCAUAUCUUUAAAUAAAGCCAGCAGUAAAGAGGAAAUAAUGAUAGGUUCCAGCAUUAAGUAGCCUACUCUAUGCCCAGAUGCCCAGUUUGUUCCUGGAACGAGUGACAUGAUAAUGAAAAUUCCUUGUAAAUAUUUUAAUAAACUGCUGAAACUGUGA